AUGGCCAAGACGAGAAAAGACAUGGAAGGAUGGGACAUUGUUCUUGAGGGGAAAACAGGAAUGAGGCAUGCAAGAAGAACAAAAGCUUCAGGGAUAAAGCUAUGUCGAAAAUCUGAUAAUUUGACAAUCGUUGAAGGAGACUGUAUCUCGUUUAUUUUAGAUUCAGAAAGUAAUUAUAAGGUAAAUGGAAUAGGAUUUAUUAAAGAUAUAAACUUUGGAAUUGAUCGUUUCUUGGCUGUGAACAUCCUAUGGAUGGUUAAAUACACUAGCAACCUUGAUAGUAUAUUGCCACUCUUACCUAACAACGAGAAAUACACCAAUGUUGAUGUUUUUCUCUCGCCUUUUCUAGAUCCUAUUAAACUAUCACAAAUUAUUCGAAAAGUACAGGUCGUCAGUAUACACACCUUUCACAAGUUACAAGGCACUUCAGAAGAGCCGGAAACAGAUGUCUUUACCUGUCGACGAUUCACUGAUGAGACAUCAACUUAUUUUACAGACGUGGUUGAUUGGGACACGAUGAUGGACUCUUUCAAAGAAAACAAGGAUGAAUUUUAUGAUAGUGUCAAAAUGCUAACUAUGAAAUCCAAAAGUCCUGUUAAGAAGACAAUGACAACUAGACGAGUCUCAGCGCCGUCUACACCUACAAAAGGAAAGGCAAUAAAGAAAAAAAAACAUAUAAGUGAUUCUAGUGACAACAGUGAUCUUGAAAUAAAAGAGAUAAAAGCGGUUAAAGUUGAUACUAAAUAUGAUGAUGAUGAUGUUGAUGUUGAUGACGAUGAUAUUCUUUAUAGUAUCAAUGCCGACCAGAAUGGACAUAUGCCAACCAGUGAGGACGAAAUAGAAGAUGUGAUCGAGGACUUCAAGCCGGUAAAACGUAAAAGAGGUAGGCCUAGAUUAUCUCCCAUCAAAAGUGCCAAACUGACACAUCCGAAACUCCCCAUUGUAGAACCGGAAACUGCAGAUUUUUUAGACGGAGAGUAUUCAACAACACAAAUGCUAGUAAAGGCCAAGAAGAUAUUAGGUACUGGCACAAAACUUAAAUUUUUACCAUGUAGAGAGAGGGAAUUCGAGCAAAUAUAUCGUGGAUUGAAGAGUUCCAUCUUAUCGCAGAAAGGAUGCUGUAUUUACGUGAGUGGUACACCCGGUGUUGGUAAAACAGCGACUAUCCGAGAAGUCAUCAAACAACUAAGUGCUAAAAUGGCAAUUGAAAGUAAUGGACAUAAAAUGUUCAACUUUCUAGAAAUAAAUGGUUUAAAAUUGAUAAAGCCGCAGCAAGCAUAUGACCACUUGUGGACCAAACUGUCCGGCAUGAAGACAUCCACAAAUAAUUCAUUGAACUUUCUACAAAGACAUUUUGAAGCAGAUUCCGAAGAUGAGGAAGUUCUUAAAGGCUCUAGUAAAUUACCAUUGGUUGUUCUGCUAGAUGAACUCGAUCAAAUUGUAACAAAAAACCAGGCCGUUAUGUACAAUUUCUUUAACUGGCCUACAUAUCCAAACUCUAAACUGAUUGUUGUAGCCGUUGCCAACACGAUGGAUUUACCUGAAAGACUAUUGACUAACAAAAUAUCCUCCAGAUUAGGUUUAUCGAGAAUACAAUUUACAAGUUACUCUUACAAUCAACUAAGUGAAAUUAUUAAACAUAGACUAGAACAACUAAGUAAAGAUAAUGAGAACUUGAUAAUUGCCAAGGAUGCGAUUGAAUUUGCAUCAAGAAAAGUGGCAUCUGUUAGUGGUGAUGCCAGAAGAUCGUUGAUGAUUUGUAUUAGAGCUGUUGAAAUUGCACAAAAUGAAUAUAUGAACAAAUCGAAAUGUGAACGGGAAAAUUUAGAUGGUAAAUAUACAGUAACGAUUAUGCAUAUAAUGAAGGCAGUCAAUGAGACCUCAAGUUCCCCUGUUGUUGGAUAUCUCAAUUCAUUACCUUUUUUGAGUAAAUUGGUUCUCCUGUGUAUUAUGUUGAGAAAGAAGAGACUGGGUAUAGCUGAAAUCCGACUUGGUGAGAUCUAUGAUGAAUUGAGUAACCAAGCACAAGUUUUAUUGUUCAGUGAGUUGAAGAAAUCUCUAAAAGGUGAAGAUUUAGGCCUUCUUGAUAUUCUUUUUGGUAGUGGUAAGAAUCGAAUGAUGGGGUCGGUUAUCAAUGCCAGUUUGUUCAUUCUAAAAGAUUUAGAAGAAAAUGGCAUACUUAUCAUGCAGUCGUUGAGAAUUGAAAGAGAUCGGUUGGUGCGUCUAAAUAUCAGUGACGAUGAAAUCCUUUCUAUUUUGAAGAGGGAUCCUAUGAUUCAAGAAAUAAUCACAUUCAUCUAA